AUGACCCAUAACUCUAAAUGGGAAUCUGAAAUGUCCAACUUUGGUGAAAAGGAAUUUUCCGUAUGCUGUGAAUUGAAGUUUUGCACAUCUGAGGCCGAAGCAGCUGUUUUGGAGACAUCUUUUGGUGUUGAAGAUAUACGCAUAGCUGAUGCUCUUCCUUUUAGUCCAAAGCUAGCCUAUAUUAAUCUGACAACAUUGGAAGGUGAUCGAUUCUGCGUGGAAAUCACAUGCUUGGGGUUCCGUCCAGUUGGAAGAGUGUAA